UCCAAACAGAAUAUGACUAUCAAAAGGAGUUACUUUUAGAGAACUGGGAAGGAGACGAGUUGGAGAUAACUGACAAUCAGGACAGAGCGGAGAUGAAACUAACGUUAAUCACUUAUAUACAGGAUCGUGACUUCAAGGCUUAUAAGAAAGAAAGAGAAAUAGCAAUGCUGACCGCAAAGAAUAACGAGAGACUUGAGCACGAAGAACAAAUGCGUAAUCUCUGUCGACCGAAACAAUUGGAGAUAGAGUUGUACUUCAACAAACUCCGUGACACAUACGAUUCUUACGAGGACCAUCACAAUCCGAUGAUGGGGCAUUAUCGCGCGCUGCGGGAGAAAGACGACUUCUAUCAAAGAGACAUCGCGAGGAAUGAACGACUUAUAGAACAAGCUACGGAUAUACUAAUGAAUCUUCAAAAGGAAUGGAUUCGCACAACGAAGUCGAUAAGUAACAAGAUCAGUCGUAUGACGAACCAUAAGGAGGACCUCGCAAAGAGAUACUGGCACAUGAAGAAGGAAUCUAAGCUCGCGAGCAGUAGAGACACCGACAUGUUGACUGUGCUCGUAAACUAUAGUCAAGAUACAAUCAAGCGCCUUGCGGAAGUAAAUAGCAAAGUAAAUAAGAUUACACAAAUGAAUCAAAUAUGCAGCAAAUACGAGAAUAAGUCGGAUGUACUCGAAGAUUGUCCUGAAGAUUGGAUCCCGCAGAACUUUGAAUAUCUUAAUGAGGAGAUGAUAAAUGAAUGCAAGGAAUAUAUGAAAAUGGAUAAAUUCUUAAACAAAGUGAACAGAGUGAAGGUCCAGACAAUCUGUUUGAGAGCUGAGAAGGCCAAACUAGCUAAGGAAAACAUCCAGUUGAAACAAUACAUCAAGAAGUACCUCACGGAAUUGGCUCUUAAAGGUGGCAAGGAUAGACCGGCAAGCAUGAAAUAUAACAAUAUUCAGAAGACUGAUGACAAUGGAAGGACUUUGUAUCGUCCCGUGACCUGCAUAGAGGGAGCUCUGUCUAAUGCUGUUAUGUAUGAGAAGAGAAUGAAACUACAAGAGAAACGGGACAAAGAGUUAGGAGUUCGUGCAUAUCCUCGAGUCUGUUGGUAGUUAUA